CAAAAAAAAAAAAAGAAAAAAAGAUGAAUAGACUGUGGAGUUUGGAAUGCCAUUACCGUCGCAUCGUUGACAAACACUGAGGCGGAGCUCGCGGAAAAUGUCUGCGCAAAGGCAUGGAGACGGCGGCAAAGUCGACGUAGCUUCGGUCCAGGUGGGAAUGGAGCCAACAGGAUCGUCUUCCUCUUCUUCUUGGCGGACCAGGCAAGAUGGGAAUGAUCUCACCUCUCCUUCUUGCGCCCUCAAGAAGAAGAACAAGAGAGAGGAAAACGACGAGGACUUGUUCACGGUUCCGGACAUGGAGGCUCGACCGGCUGUGAAUUCUACGGGGAACAGUAAUGUCCAUGUCAGUGAGCAACAAGAAGCUGAUCAGGCUCAGACGGCGAUUCCCGGGAAGCGACGGAGGGGACGGAACCCUGUUGACAAGGAGUAUAAGAGGCUCAAGAGGUUACUGAGGAACAGAGUCUCUGCUCAGCAAGCACGCGAGAGGAAGAAGGUGUACGUCAAUGAACUGGAAUCGAGAGCCCGCGAGUUGCAAGACAACAACGUGAAGCUGGAGGAGAAGAUCUCAACUUUGAUGAAUGAAAACAUGAUGCUCAGGAAGAUUCUCAUGAACACCCGGCCUAAAGUCGACGAGAGUGCAGACUCAAAGCAAUAGUGUUCUUGUCUGGGUUAUAUUAGAAGCUCUAGAUAAACUGUUUUCGACCCAUCGCAUUAUAGCCAGAAUCACAAGAACAGAUCAGAUGUUAUUACAGCUCUAAUCUAGAGUCUAGAUAUUAAAGUGCAGCUUGAAUUAACCUCAUGUUAGAUCUUCCAAACUGUAAAAUGAGCAUCACGACGGAGUAAGCAGACGCGCAUGCUGUUUUGAUCUACUUACAAGCCGUUUGUACGACCAUCUUAAUUGCAGUUGUGAGUAAAUGGUAUGUGAUUCUGGUA